UGCAGAGACAGCAGCUGCAAAAGACAGGAGUGCCUGAUUCUGCAAAAAUCACAGGGGCCACAGGAGGAGGAGACUGAAGAGUCCAUGGCUCCCUAUCACAUACGGAAAUAUCAAGACCAAGACAGGGAGACAGUGAUAGACAUAUUCACUAAGGGAACACUGAAUGACAUUCCUUCUUGCUUCCUUCAUCUGCUGAAGCAGCCAAGAGGCUUCCUGCUCCUGUUGGGGGGCCCAGGUGCCCUGUUCCUUGAGUCUGGUUCUUACAUCCUGUCUCUCCUGGCCUUCUUGGGCCUCCUGGCUGUCCUGUGGUGGGUUGCUAGAUAUCCCUUCUCCUCUAUGGUGGACCACGCCUUGCACACAGACAUGAGGGACAUCAAGAAAUUCUACCUCCGUGACAGAGGAUCUUGUUUCUGGGUAGCAGAGUCAGAGGGUCGGGUGGUGGGCAUGGUGGGUGCCCACCCAGCACAAGAGGCUUCAGAAAGAUGGAAAAACCUGGAGUUGCUACAUUUGUCAGUGGACCAAGAACAUCGGGGCCAGGGUAUUGCCAAAUCCCUGACCCAGACUUUGAUCCAGUUUGCCCAGGAUCAGGGAUAUGACAAUGUGGUCCUGAGUACUCAUGCCCUCAAUUACCCAGCUCAAAGACUGUACGAGCGCCUGGGCUUCUGGAAAUCACACGAAGCCUUUGAUUCUCUGAAAUGGAAGAUGGCAGCUAUCCCUUUUUUGUUCUAUAAGUAUGCAGUCUCUUCUUCAAGCUAA